AUGGCACCAGGAACUAUGAAGGCCCCCAUGUGUCUGGUAGAAAAUAAGAACAAGCAGCUGUUGGUGAAUCCAAGAGCCAUCCGUAUUCUUAACAAUAUUUCUCAGCCUGUGGUGGUAGUGGCCAUUGUGGGGAUGUACCGCACAGGAAAAUCCUACCUAAUGAACUGCCUGGCUGGACAGAACCAUGGCUUCCCUCUGGGAUCCACGGUACAGUCUCAAACCAAGGGCAUCUGGAUGUGGUGUGUGCCUCACCCAACAAAGUCACGUCACACCCUGAUCCUUCUAGACACUGAGGGUCUUGGGGAUGUAGAAAAGGGUGACCCUAAGAAUGAUGCCUGGAUCUUCGCUUUGGCUGUGCUUCUGAGCAGCACUUUUGUCUACAACAGCACGAGCACCAUCAACAACGAUGCCCUGGAGAAGCUGCAUUAUGUGACGAAACUCACAGAGCUCAUCAGAGCAAAGUCCUCCCCAAGAACUGAUGGGAUAGAAGAUGCUAGAGAGUUUGUGGGCUUCUUUCCAGACUUUGUCUGGACUGUACGGGACUUCACUCUGGACCUGAAGUUAGACGGUUGCUGCAUCACAGAAGAUCAGUACCUGGAGAACGCCUUGAAGCUGGUUCCAGGGCAGGAUCCCCAAACUGUGACAUCCAACUGGCCCAGGGAAUGCAUCAGACAGUUCUUUCCCAGGAGGAAGUGUUUUGUCUUUGACUGGCCAGUGAGUGACCCGCAACUCUUAGCCAAGAUUGAGAGUAUACCAGAAAGCCGACUGAACCCUAAAUUUCAGGAACAACUGAAGACCUUUAGUUCUCAUAUCUUCACCCACGCAGCUGGCAAGAGACUUGGAGAGGGGAUCCUGGUCACUGGGAAUCGACUGGGAAAUUUAGUGCAGACCUAUGUGGAUGCCAUCAACACUGGGACAGUUCCUUGCUUGGAGAAUGCAGUAAAAACACUGGCAGAGCAUGAGAACUCAGCAGCAGUGCAGAAGGCAGCUGACCACUACAGUGAGCAGAUGGGCCAGCGAGUGAGGCUCCCCACAGACACGCUCCAAGAGCUGCUGGAUGUGCAUGCAGCCUGUGAGAAGGAAGCCAUUGCUGUCUUCAUGGAGCACUCCUUCAAGGAUGACCAAUGGAAGUUCCAGAAGAAGCUAGUGGUCACCACUGAGGAAAGGAAGAAAACUUUCAUGCAACAAAAUGAAGCAGCAUCUCUGAGACACUGCCAAGCUGAACUGGACAAGGUCUCAGAGUCCCUAAGAGAGAGCAUCUCACAUGGGGCUUUCUCUGUCCCUGGCGGAUACAGUCUCUACCUAGAGGCCAGGAAGAAGGUUGAGCAGGACUAUGAGCGAGUGCCCAGGAAGGGAGUGAAGGCAAGUGAGGUCUUCCAGAACUUCCUGAAGUCACAGAUCACUGUUGAGGAGACCAUCUUGCAGUCAGACAAAGCUCUCAGUGAUGGACAGAAAGCCAUGGCAGCUGAGUUGGCCAAGAAGGAGGCAGCUGAGAAGGAACUGGAGUUAAUGAGGCAGCAACAGAAUAAGAAAGAGCAAGAGAUUGAGGCUCAAAUGAGAAGCUUCUCAGAAAACAUGGCCCAGCUGCAGAAGAAGAUAGAGAUGGAAAGGGAGAACCUUCUGAGAGAUCAGGAGAGGGUUCUGCACCACAAGCUGGAGGUCCUAGAAGAACUACUUCGUGAAGGAGUUGAGGAGAAGUACAAUGAUUUAAAAAGAGAAAUAAACCUAAGAGGUGAAGAGAUUAAAGCCACGAAACACAGUUCAAUUCAAAGUAUCCUUGAGAUUGCUGGCAAUAUACUAACUGAAGUACUUCCUGUGUUGUGUAAUAUAGGGGUGCAGAUUUUUAACUCAUAUAUAGUAGGAUGA